UUUAGAAGCUACUUAUUGAAAGUUGUAUACAAUUUACAUACAAGGAGACAGCUAAAAGUAUUUUGUUAAUGAUUUCUUUUCAAAGGAGUUCAAGGUAAUUCAAAAAGAAAUUGAUAUUGAAAAUGGCACAGUCUCAACAUGAAAAAGAAGAAUUGUAUGAUUCUUAUACAAAAGCUGCAGCUAGUAUCAUUUCUUAUUAUGAAAUGCCGGAGAGAAAGGAAAAAUUAAAAGAACUAAGGGAUAUUGUGCAAAAUAACUGUGUUCAAAAUGAAAGAUUAAAAGCAGCAAAAGAUGUGAAAAAACGAUUAUUAGACUUAUAUGGUCUUGAGGAUGAUGACCAUGGACAGACUGAUCCUGAACAAAUUAUCCAAGAAUAUAAAGAGGCCAUAUCAAAAAUUAAUGUGGAUGUAUCAAAUGAUAAAAAGCUUAUAGAAUUUGAUAAACAUGUAGAAGCAUUAUCAGAUAAAGUAGAAGAUGAUGGUGACACAGAUGCAGAAAUCCAAAUAUCAGGAGGGUACAUAAAUGUAAUUGAUCCAAUUACUAAAAAAAGGAUUGUUGACCCUGUAAAAAAUACUAUAUGCGGUCAUACUUACGAUCGAGAUAGCAUUACAGAAAUAUUGAAAUGCAACAAGAAAACAAGGUGUCCUGUUGUAGGUUGCAAAAAUAACGAAUUUGUAAAAAUAUCGCACCUUCGUGUAGAUAUUGUAACAAAAACAUAUCUUGAAAAAAAUCCUGCAUAAUAUUCACCAAAUUAAUUAUAUAAGUAGACUACUAUUGCAACUGUAUGUUGGUGUUGCUCCAAAUACCUAAGAGUUUAGUUUAAGUCUAAGAGUACAAUUAAAAUACGUAUCUCUUAAUAAUACAAUGUGAUAUGUAUUACAUAAGAAUAUUCAUAUGCAUAUUAAAUAAAGGUAUAUUUUAUUUUCUA